GCUUAGGCCCAAGGUGUUUCAGAUCCAGAACGCCUGUUAAAUAUCCUGAAUUCCCAGAGGGACUCAGACCCUGACUUCUCUGAAUGAUGUUCCAUUCAUUGGGAAUGAGAUGAGCUGAGAAUCAGAGGGAGUCUGUGGAAGGAAGGCUUAACAUGGGCAGUGGGAUGAAGGAAUUCAGUUGGUCUGAAGGCUGCUGGAUCCAGUUGCUGUUAAACUCUCCUCCAUUCCUUGAAAGAUGCCCUUUCAGGCCUUGAUGUGAUCAGAAUCGAUUUAUUUCUGGAAUCACUUGUAGUACAACUCAGGAACAGUCCCUGUAACCAUGGCAACAAUGACAGGUUCGGGUCGUGGAAAAUCCAGAACAACUCAAUCCUCUGACCCCAAGCCUGGUAACCAAGGGCAACUACCCUUUGGCCCCAAGCCCAGUGACAAAGGGCAGCUGCCCUCUGACUUCAUGGAUGGUAACCAAGGGCAACCACCUCCUGACCCCAAGCCCUGUAACCAAGGGCAACCAUCCCAUCCCACUCAGGACACCCCAUCUACAAUUUCCGCUCCUCACCCUCCUCCACCUGCACCCCCUCCACCACCUCCCCCACCUCCACCACCUCCACCCCCUCCCCCACCCCCUCCUGUACCUGGGCCCCCUCCCCCGCCUGUGGGAGGCAUUCAGAGAUCCAGAGUGACUCGGCGUUCCACACUCCGUAAGUUUAAUUGGGAAGCCCUUCCCCAGAACCGGGUGGUUGGGAAGCAGAACAUCUGGACAGUUGAGAAAUGUCCGGAACAUUUUGCCAUCGACACGGAGAGAAUGGAGGAGCUGUUUGGCCGCAGGGACAACCAGAAGACACUGAGUGUUCGAAGGAGCUUCCGAGCAAGCUCCCCACAGAGAAACGGAGUGGAACAGGUCUCUAUCCUGGAUGCCAAGAAGAGUAUGAACCUCAGUAUAUUCCUGAAACAAUUCAAAAGACCCGUGGAGAAUAUUCUGGAAGAUAUCCAAAACGGAGAAGGAGCCUCAUAUGGAGCUGAGAAACUAACGGAACUCUAUAAGCUGCUGCCUGAGAAGGAGGAGGUGAAGAAGUUUCAACAGUUUGACGGAGACCGGGAUCGAUUGUGUGACUCGGAUCGUUUCAUACUGCUUUUGCUGGAGAUCUCCAGUUACAGGGAACGGUUGGAGAGUAUGAUCCUGAAGGAGGAGUUUGGACCUCGGCUUGAGGGGCUGUGUCUCGGGAUACGGACCAUGACUGAGGCGGCUCGAGAGCUAAUGGACUGUGAUGAGCUUCACACUGUGAUCAGGCUUGUUCUGAAAGCUGGGAACUACAUGAACGCAGGUGGUUACGCUGGGAAUGCUGUCGGUUUCCGAAUGAGCUCAUUACUGAAACUUGCCGAGACCAAGUCGAACUGUCCGGGAAUGAACCUGAUGCACUUUGUCGCGAUGGAAGCGGAGAAGAAUGACAGGAAGUUGUUGGAAUUCCCAAACCGGCUGCAGAAUCUCGGAGCAGCAUCCAGGUUAUUCAAACAGGAACUGGAGACUGAGUUUGAGAAACUGAAACAGAAACUUCAGCUGGUGAAAGGAAGCCUGGACAAACAGCCGGAAAUCUGUCAGCAAAUGGAAACCUUUAUCCAGAAAGCAGAGAGGCAGCUGGAUGAAGUGCAGGCCUCAGUGACUGAGCUGCAGGCUGUGAGUCAGCAACUUGCUGAAUAUCUCUGUGAGGAUGAAGAGAAAUUCAAACUGGAGGAAUGCUGCCAAAUCUUCCAAAACUUUGGAGAGAAAUUCAUUGCAGCAACACAGGAGAACAAACAGCGUGCUCUGUUGGAGAGGAAACGUCGAGAGAGGGAGAAGGAGGAGAAGAAAGCCAAGCGGAUCUCGAUUGCGAGCUGCUCUCACAUGGAGAAGGAUCUAGGAGGUGGAGAUCUGGAGUCACUGCUGCGUAGCAAUCAUAACUCAUUCCGACUGAAGAGCAGCCGACAGCGAGAAGGCCCGAUCCCCAGGAGCCAGUCACUGAAGCAGAUUCGGGCAAGGAGUGAACAGAGUGAUUCAGGGAAUGGCUCCCUGACCCGUGAUGAUGCUCAGACGCUGAGGGAAGUUUCUAAGAAGCUGCUCAGUUUCCAGGUUGGAGCAGGGAAUUCUGGGCAGCGGCACAAACAGUGCAAAUUUGCCCAGACCUUACGGAUCUCGGAGGAAUACAGUGAGUUAGUGAAGGGCAGCACUACCCAGACUAAUGGGCAUGCUGAGGUGGGUCGGGAGCAGGAGGAGGGGCUGCUGGAAUCUGGGGCAUCCAGGCCUGGGACAGCAGGGUCUGGGCUGGUAGAAGUCCCUGCUCUUGGGGAGUCGGAACACUCUGGCAGUCUGGUCCCAGCCGCAGCCCAGCAGCCGGGCAGCCCAGUCCUAGCAGCAGCCCAGCAGCCUGGCAGCCUGGUCCCAGCAGUAAUCCAAGAGAAUGGGAGCAUGAUCCCAACAACAGCCCAGCAGCCUGGCAGCUCAGUCCCAGCAGCAGCCCAGCAGCCUGGCAGCCAAGUUCCAGCAGCAUCCCAGCAGCCUGGCAGCUCAGCCCCAGCAGCAGCCCAGCAGCCUAGCAGCCAAGUUCCAGCAGCAGCCCAGCAGGCUGGCAGCUCAGUCCCAGCAGCAGCCCAGCAGCCUGGCAGCUCAGUCCCAGCAGCAGCCCAGCAGCCUGGCAGCCUGGUCCCAGUAGCGAUCCAGCAGCCUGGCAACCAAGUCCCAGCAGCAGUCCAACAGCCUGGCAGCCAAGUUCCAGCAGCAGCCCAUCAGCCUGGCAGCCUGGUCCCAGCAGCAGCCCAGCAGUCAGGUAGUCCGCCGCUUUCCCUCUCUGGAGGUUUUCCGAUGGGAAUGGAUCCGGAGUCAGGAACCAGGGCAGGAGGUUCUACUAUGAGCUGUGUCCCUGAUCCUGGAGCAGCUCCCUCACAGUCCAAUCUGACUCCAUUCCCUCUUGCUGGGAAUUCUCCUGAUUCUGAACAAGAGCAGAAAUCAUUGUCUUCAAACCCCCCUGUUGAAGCUCAGCAUCCAUCAGCCUCCUCAACCAGGGUCUUCCGGAAAGAUUUCUCCCACAGUUUCUCUGGAGACAAGCCUAGACCUGCAGUCAGGAAACGCCCCCUCUCUCGUGGUUUCUCUGCAGACAAGGUACUAUCUUCCCCAGCUGUCAGGAAAUUCUCUAUCCCUAUUGCACCCAAAUCGGUGAAGCCUACGACAGUCAACAAGCCAACCCAGAAGGAUGAAGCAAAGGCUGAACAGUCCCAAGCUUGGAAGCUUUCCAGUUUCUUCAGCAAAAAAACCAGCAAAGCAUCAAUGCGGGAGUCUGCCACAGAUGGGAGAGUGAGAAACAAGGUGCCAGAAAGCCCCACUUAUGGCACUAACCCCUUGGCAAACUUUUUUAAACGUUUCAGUGACAGCAAAACAACUAAACACAAAAAUCCAUCAAAUGCCACUAUGGUGCCAAAAACAGACGAUGGGAGUGAGGCAUCUUAACCCUGAGUGAUACGGGGCGUUGGGGGGAGAAGGGGUACGUGGGAGUUAGCUCCUCACUGCUGUUCUGCCAAUGGCCUGAGCAGAAAUGCAACAUACACUGGCUUCAUCAACAUCCAUCAACAAAUAGAUGGAGUUUCAUUGAGUGUCCUCCGUGUGUAAGGGAUCAGAGGGGGUCAAAGGUCUGUAGUCCCAGGAGUGACCGGUAGAGAGUGUCCAUCACUCAGUGAUCGAGGUGAGAGCUGGAAACAGACAAAUGUAGCAGGAGAUUUAGAAAUUUGUUCAAAGACCGAGUUGGUCAAUGAGUGGGGAACUGGCAGUGAGGGUUGAUCUCCUCUUUAUCGAUUGGCUGAGAGGAAGAUGAUUUGAAGAGGAGCCAGUCAAUAAGGAACAAGAGCAGACCACUCAGCCUUUCGAACAUACUCUGCCAUUCAAUAAUAAUCCAUUCAACAAUAAUUCAAUAAUUAUUCAUGGCUGAUUACAUUUUAACCUGAACUCUCCAUUCUGACAUAUUCCUGAGCAUCUCUCAUUCCCUUGGUCAUAAAGAAUCUGUCCAUUUCUGCCUUGAAGUGAUAACUCAUCCAAUCACCAUCCUCCCAUUGAUGGAAAAUUGGUAUUUAUGAAAGAUUAAGAUGUACAAUGUUUUUGAUAGUUCAGUGAAUGUGGAGUGAAUUGUGUAACAUUUACAUUUGAAAAUAUCAUAUUGGGAUGUGGAGAGACUAUCUCUAGAGCACGGUGGCUGCUGGUGUCUCCAAACUCAGAGACUGAGUCGAUUCUUCACUGAUGUUAAUUCUGUAAGGAUUAAAGGGAGAAAGUGAGCAGAUGCUGGAGAUCAGAGUCGAGAGUGUGUUGCUGGAAAAGCGCAACAGGUCAGGCAGCAUCCAAGGAACAGGAGAAUUGACAUUUUGGGCAUAAGCCCUUCUUCAGGAAUGUAGGGACUAUAUCCUCAUUCACCUUCCCAGCCAGUCACCUCAAACUGAUCGGAUAACAAAGGAUUUGCUGAGGGCUUCACCAAUGAUUUUGUAGAGGGACCGCUCUGAUAUGUUUCUGUAUUGAAUAAUUGGGAUUAAUCCAGAGUCAGGAAUCUAGUGUUUUAAACUGAAACAUCUUCAUUUGAGCAUGAUAUCUCACACAUCCAUCCAUCACUUUCCUGUUAUAACCAUAUUCAUAAUAGAAUAUUUUUAAUGUAAAUUGUCAUGAUGGAAUUCUACCAUCCCACCAAUGGCAGUUCCUGUUGGAAAUGUAAAUGUUGAAUUUAUAAUGAAAAGUCACCUAAAA